UAAUUGUCAUGUAUAAAUAAUUUAACAUUUAAUUUAAAAAAUUUGAAGACAUAAAUGAUAAUUUAUUUGAUAAUCUUUGAAUUAAUGAUACAUAAAAAUAGCAUUCAUGGAGAAAAUGACAAAAAAAGUUUUAUUAAAUGACAUAUAUACAUUUGUACUCUAUGGUUAACUAAUCUAUACUUAGAUCUAGAGUUUAGGGGUGAUGUUUUGAAGACAAAGUUUCAAAUUUAAAAAAAAUAAAUAUUAAAAUUUUCAAAAUAAAAUUUUGGUCAUUUUCCUCUUUGAUGACUAUUUUUGUGACAAAAACUUAAAAUAAACUAUUAAUAAAUAGAUGUAAUUAUCCGGGGACAAAACACUGGUAAAAAAAAAAAAGAAAAACAAAGAUUUUGACUCCAAAAGAUAAACUAAAGAUUCCGGUACAUUAAAAAGUGAUAUACUAAACGUCAAAACCCUAAAUAAUAAGAAUUCAAAGCCACUUUCGUCUUUGGACGAUCACAAUGACUAUGAUGUCAGACCUUCCAGGAGAUUUGCUAGAGGAGAUACUCUGUCGCGUCCCUGCCGUAUCUCUGAAACGUCUACGAUCUUCAUGCAAACGUUGGAACCGUUUAUUCAACGAUAAGCAAUUCUCAACAAAGCACUUGGAUAAAGCAGCAAAACAGUCUCUGGUUUUCAAGGUGACACAAUAUUCUAGGGCUUGUUUGAUGAGUGUCAAUCUCCAUGGAACUCCAUCUGUAGAGUUUAAAGGUGAGCUUCGCCUACUCGGUUCGCAUUUGAACGCAAAUCAGAUCAAAAUAUCUAGAGUCUUUCACUGCGACGGGUUAUUGUUAUGUACUAUCAGUAACGACACUAGAAUCGUGCUUUGGAACCCGUUUACUGGUAAGACCAGGUGGAUCCAACCAAGAAGUACAAAAAACUCAUAUGCUCUUGGAUCCUACAAAGAACCUAGAUGUGGAACUAGUAGCUACAAAAUAUUGAGCUAUAGAACUUAUAAUGACCAUGAGUUUGAAAUAUACGAGAUUAACUCUAAUACAUGGAGAACUCUUGAUGUCACUUCGAUCUUCAAGCUAUUGUAUAUUGGUACCAGCGUGUCUUUCAAGGGGAAGACGUAUUGGUUUGCUUCCGAUAGAGAAGAUGAACAACUCGGCAUGUUCUUGGUCAGUUUUGACUACACAACAGAGAGAUUUGGACGCUUGAGUCUUCCUUGUAAGUAUCCUGUAGGUUUUUUCCAUGAUGUGGCUCUAUCCGUUGUUGGAGAAGAGAAGCUUUCAGUGUUAUUACAACCAAGAAACACACGGGGGAAAGAGAUAUGGGUAACGAACAAGAUCGAUGGGACUAAAGAGGUGUCGUGGAGAAAGUUCUUAACAGUGGAUUACCCCGAACGUGAUUAUUGGAUUACUUUUACUUGUUUUUGGGUCGACGAGGAGAAGAAAGUCGCCCUAUGUUGCGAGAAAUGUAUGUUCGACCGCAAUACCAAGAUCAAAGACUUGGUAUACAUUGCUGGGGAGGAUAAUGAAGUCAAACUACUUGAUUUUGGAGCAGUUACAUUUGGAUCAUGUUGGCCAGUUCUUGAUUAUUUUCCAAGCUUGGCCUAUAUCCAACCAGGUGGAGGCUUAAAGAAAAGAAAGAGAGAGAGGUGACUGCUACAUCCAACAUUUUUGUGUGUGCUUUCUUAAUCUAUCUUGGUCAUGUCCUUUGAGCUGACAGUUCAUUAACAAGUGGUCUUGUCCUUGGAAUAGUUAAUUAAUGAAUAUUUAUAUAUUUCAUUAAAAACAUAUUAAACUCUUUAAUUCAUGUAAAAUCAUAUUAAAAAUUAUUAAAAAUACAAUUACUUCAAAACUCUAAAGUAAAUACACCAUUCGCAAUACGUCAAACA